UUCAAUGCCUUCUGUCCUUGUUCUUCAUUGGCCCCACCAACCCAGGUGGUCAGAGACAUCUCCAAAAUCCCUCUAAGACUCCAAACAAUUCAUCAGGUCACCAAGAUCCAGUCGAGGUGUGAGCUGUGAGCACCUGGAGGCCUCUGGGCAAGCAAGUGGUCAUCCAGAAGGACUUCUUUUCCCUAAUCAAGAGUCAGUAUGGGGGCCGGGGCGAGCGCCGAGGAGAAACACUCCAGGGAGCUAGAGAAGAAACUGAAAGAGGACGCCGACAAAGAUGCCAGGACCGUCAAACUUCUGCUGCUAGGUGCUGGUGAGUCGGGGAAAAGCACUAUUGUCAAACAGAUGAAAAUUAUUCACCAAGAUGGUUACUCCCUUGAAGAGAGCUUGGAGUUCAUUGUCAUCAUCUACAGCAACACCAUGCAGUCGAUCCUGGCCAUCGUGAGAGCCAUGACCACACUCAACCUUUCUUAUGGAGAUGCUGCUGCACAGGAUGAUGGAAGGAAGCUGAUGCACUUAGCAGACACCAUCGAGGAAGGCACCAUGCCAAAGGAGCUGUCUGAUAUCAUCCUGAGGUUGUGGAAGGACUCGGGCAUCCAGGCGUGCUUUGACAGAGCCUCCGAAUACCAGCUCAACGACUCUGCUGGAUACUAUCUGAAUGACCUGGAGAGGUUGGUCAAGCCUGGCUAUGUCCCUACUGAGCAGGACGUCCUGCGAUCAAGAGUGAAGACCACCGGUAUCAUCGAGACCCAGUUCUCCUUCAAGGACCUCAACUUCAGAAUGUUUGAUGUGGGCGGUCAGCGCUCAGAGAGGAAGAAGUGGAUCCAUUGCUUCGAAGGUGUGACCUGUAUCAUCUUCAUCGCUGCUCUGAGCGCAUACGACAUGGUGCUGGUGGAGGAUGAUGAAGUGAACCGAAUGCAUGAGAGUCUCCACCUGUUCAACAGUAUCUGUAACCACCGUUACUUCGCCGCCACAUCCAUUGUACUCUUCCUCAACAAGAAGGACGUCUUCGUGGAGAAGAUCAAGAAAGCUCAUCUGAGCAUGUGCUUCCCUGAUUAUGAUGGUCCCAACACCUUUGAGGAUGCUGGUAACUACAUCAAGUUGCAGUUCUUAGAUCUGAACUUACGACGAGACAUCAAAGAAAUCUACUCCCACAUGACCUGUGCCACAGACACAGAGAACGUCAAGUUUGUGUUCGAUGCCGUAACAGACAUUAUCAUCAAAGAAAAUCUUAAAGACUGCGGUCUCUUCUAAACAAGCCA